AUGAAAAAAGUAAGCAUUUGUCUUGUUCUUUUUGCGCUAUUCUAAGUCUCCUUUUAGUACUGCCACUAUUCAACUAUGCCUAACUUUUUAUAAAGAGGUAAUUGCUUAUGUCUCGGUGGAUUUUAUUCUAGCUCUGCUAAUUGUGAAAUAUGUCCAAAUAAUGGAUUUACUACUAAUAUAGCCUAUUCAAUAUCAGACUGCAAAGGUUGUAGCUCUACUUUAUACUAUAUGUCUUAAGCAGCAACUUCAUCUACAGGCUCGGUAUGCUUAUAGUGCCCAAAUAACUCCUAGGUUCAAUCUAACACUCCUUCGAAUCCUCAAGAUAUUAGCGAUUGCAUGUAGUGUUAACCAGGUUAUUAUCUUUAGACUCCAGCAGUUCCACCUUAAAAUGGUAAUCCUGGCUAAGCAGCAGUCUGCAUUCAGUGCCCAAAUAAUACAAAAGGUAUUAACGCUAGUUCAGUCUCAGAAUGUAAUCUUUGCAAUUAAGGUUUUUAUGUUUCGUAAAGGGCUACAGAUUCCUAACCUGCAAUUUGUUCACCUUGUCCUAAUAAUUCUUCAAAUAUCUAUGAUUAACAUUACUCUUAUUAAUAUAAUGUUAAUGAUUGUGGUGCUUGUUUGCCAGGCUAUUAUAAUACUAAUAUUUUCGAUGGAUAACAAGCAAUUUGUGUAUAAUGUCCUCCAAACACAUUUUUUUAUGGGACAGUUGCUAAAACAAUUAAUUCAUGUAGUUGUAUGAAAAACUACUAUAUGACAGUUGCAUCAACAUCCACUUCUGCUCCAACCUGUUUACCAUGUCCUAAUGGUUCCGGAAACUAUUAAAUAUCAAUUUUAGCUGGAGAUUAAUCUCAAUGCGACAUUUGCUAGGCUGGAUACUACAUGAUCACACCCAACUAAGAUCCUGCUAAUGGAAAUCCUGGAACUGCAGCCUAAUGCCAACAAUGCCCAAAUAAUUCUACUUCUGACCCUGGAACUUCAACUUUAGUUUCAAGCUGUAAUAAGUGCCAACUGAAUUUUUACAUGCAAACGGCUCCCACACCUACUACCUCAGCUAUUUGCUAACCUUGCCCUAAUAAUUCUGGUACUUUAAAUCCUGUAACUUAGUAAGGUGAUGCAACUUAAUGUUCUAUUUGUGUUGCUGGUUAUUACAUGACAAAAGCAUUUUAAGCAGGAUAAACUGCAUCAUGCUAAAAAUGUCCUCCUGGAUCUAAUACAAUAUAAGGCAACUACUCUACUUGCAAUUGCUAUGACUAGAAUGCAACAUGGUCAUCAAAUACUAAUUCCUGCUAAUGUAAUCAAGGUUAUAUUGGCACCCCAGCAACUUCGAUUGGUGCUUAAGGAUGUACUCCAUGUCCUGCAGGUAAAUACUAUUAAUCAGGAAGCUGUGUUGAUUGCCAAGCGGGAUAUUACUCAAGCUCACCAGCAAGUCUUUCAUGUACUUAAUGUACUGCUGGUAAUUAUGCUUAAGGAACAGGAAAUAAAGCUUGCACUAGUUGUCCAUAUAAUACAACUCCUUUAGCAGAUUUUUCUGGCUGUAAGUGUCCAGAUACAAGUGCUGUAUUUAAAAACAAUAGAUGCGUAUGUCCUGACGGCUAUUAGGGUAAUCCAUCAGGUUUAUCAAGCUAUUAAGGAUGCUCACCAUGCCAAAAAGGUCAGUAUUCAAAUUCUUCUACCUCUGGAGCAUGUACUCGUUGCGCUGCUGGAUAUUUUGCGGCUAGUACUGGAAGUUCUUAAUGUUAGUAGUGUGGUAGCGGUUAAUUCGCUUCUGAUACUGGGAAUACAUCAUGUUAAACUUGCGGCUCUGGUAAAACAAAUACUCCAGAUUUUUCUGAUUGUUAAUGCAUUCCUAACUCUAAAUUAAAUGGAGAUAGCUGUGUUUGUAAUCCAGGUUAUAUUGGAAUAUCAGCUAAUUCAAAUAGUUGCACAGCUUGCCCAGCUGGAUAAUUUACAGAUUUACCAUCUGGAAAGUGUUCUCCUUGCCCCUCAGGCACAUAUUCAAAUGGCUCAGCUAAUGUAAACUGCACAUAGUGUAGCUCAGGAUAAUAUGCAAAUGGUACUGGAAAUACAGCCUGUAGCAAUUGUGGUCCUGGAUCUACUAACUCAGAAGAUUUUAUUGGCUGUAAAUGCUAUGAUUCAAAUGCAGUGACUUGGUCUGUAGAUAAAAAUUAAUGCUAAUGUGCUGCUAAUUUUUAUGGAGAUGCAAGUUAAACAACAAGUGCUUCAAAAACUUAAUGUAUUAAAUGUCCAAACAAUACAACAUCAAAAGCAGGAGCGGCUAAAACUCAAAAAGAUUGUUAAAGUUCUUCCACUUAAAGCUCAUAAAAUAGCUAAUAAAAUAGCUUAUACACUUAUUCAUAAAUUAUAUAAAUAUCUAUAUUAGUUCUAGUAUUGCCAAUAUGA